AUGUGUCCCCUGCAUCAUCACAGUUAUGAGGAUGACGAGGCAUCGGAUAUCACAUCUUCGACAACCACAACAACGACCUAUUCCCGUAUGACCAAGUCCACAAGUUUGUUUGAGAUAUCGGGAUCAUCAUUAUCUACUCCAUCGAGUAUUUAUCGUGCUCACAAAUAUCCUGCGUAUAUGCAGAAUUUGCCCGUUUGUAAAUCAUUGCAAAAAGCAGAGGAAGUAAAGAAAUUAAAACAUUUAGUGUAUCAAAGAGAUAAAGCAACAGAUCGAAUUAAAGCAGAUAGAAAUGAAUUAUUGGAUAUCAAAACAUGUUUGAACGCCUUUAUUUCACUAAAUCAAAAGGUAGCGAAUUUAACAACAUUUAUUGAAAAGAAUGAAAUGAAGGCUUUGUAUCAAAUAAUUAAAACCGACAGGGAGGAUUUGAGGAAGCAAGUAAAAGAACUGGAGUCUAAUAAGUCCGUCCUAGAAGAAGAAAUUGAAAAACUAAAUGAACAAUUAACUCAAUUGGAUUUGGAAGUUCAAAAAUUUCAUUCUUCAAUUGAAGAGAAUUUCAAAGCAAAUUACUCUAUUGAUAACAUUCACGAUAGAUUCUUACAAAUUGAUAAGGAUGAAACCAAUGAAGCAUAUAAUAUUCCAUGUACACAUCCAACAUUGCUGAGAGGCAUGCUUCAUAUUUUCACACAUUUUUUAGCUUUUGAAUCUGUGGUAAUAAUGGACCAAAGCUCUAGAACAGAUGUCAUUUCAAUUGACAGGAUUCAACAAAUGAGCAAAUCUCAUAGUUUACUCCACGAUUGUGGAAUUAUUCUACAUGUAAAAGGGAAAUCGAAACAAAACUCUUCCGUUGAAAAAAUUGAAUUCUCAGAAUUCAAGAGCUCAGAAGAAAGAGAUAAGGCGUUUGAUAUGAUCUUUGGACUUGCAUUCAAUGCAAAAGAAUAA